AUGCAGUCCUCCGUACCCGCCAUCCUCACCCUUGUAGUCACUAUGGUUUCGGCGUGUAACAGUCCAGCGGAAGCACCGGAAGCAGAUGUAGGCUUAUCCAACCCUGAAGUCAUCGAAUUAGGCGAUGAUGUGCCUUCAACCCUGUCCAGCGCUACGCCCGAGGGGGGAAGGCUUUCAGGUCCACGAGCUGCUACUGUGCUUAUCUCUACUAUAGUGGCUGUGCUCAUCUUUCUCUUAUUUGUAGUGCUGCGCCGCCAAACCCCCACUCCGCAGCCAGAUCAGCCGACGGUCCCCGAAGAUGAGAAACCAAAGGAAGAGAAGCCUGAAGAGGAAGUAGCGGUAGCAGUUCUCUUUGAUAGUGGGCCCAUUGAGUUGACUCUGGCGUUGCUGCUCGAGUAA